GAAGGAGGCCAACCCCGCUGUUUCGGGGGCACCCCUUCUCUCCUCUAGCAGCCCCUGUGUAUGGGGGAGUUUGGGGGCUGUGAAGGCACCCCUGACCAUCCUGCUCGCCCCCUCCCCCAGGUGAUGAAGGCCAUUAAUGACGGCUUCCGGCUUCCCACACCCAUGGACUGCCCCUCCGCCAUCUACCAGCUCAUGAUGCAGUGCUGGCAGCAGGAGCGCGCCCGCCGCCCCAAGUUCGCCGACAUUGUGAGCAUCUUGGACAAGCUCAUCCGAGCCCCCGAAUCCCUCAAGACCCUGGCUGACUUUGACCCCCGGGUGUCCAUCCGGCUGCCCAGCACCAGCGGCUCAGAGGGUGUGCCCUUCCGCACGGUGUCCGAGUGGCUGGAAUCCAUCAAGAUGCAGCAGUACACUGAGCACUUCCUGGCGGCCGGCUACACGGCCAUCGAGAAGGUGGUGCAGAUGACCAACGACGACAUCAAGAGGAUCGGGGUGCGGCUGCCCGGCCACCAGAAGCGCAUUGCCUACAGCCUGCUGGGCCUCAAGGACCAGGUGAACACAGUGGGGAUCCCCAUCUGAGCCCUGACAGACCUCGUGACCCCCUCAGCUAAGAAUACUUGAAGAAACAGACUGGCUUUCCUGCCAGCUCCAUGCUGGGCCACCAGGGACCUUAUUUAUUUCUAGUCCUUCUUUAUUGAUGCCACCCUGAGGGCUCUGCUGGGGGGUCUUGGAUGAUACCUUGGCCUGAGCUGAGGAGAUGCUCAGGGACCUUGGGCAGGGGGGCCUCUUCACCUACAAAGGACAGACAGCCAAGCACUUAGCAGUCACCAUCGUUCGUGUUCCCAGCAUCCCCUGGGGCAGGAGCCCCGCCAAGGCCUUUGGACACACACGUGGGACAUUGCUAAACUGACCUCCCCUUCGCCGUCUCAGGAGGUGGGGCGGUCAGCCUGCAGCAGUCACAGGAGCAGGGUACCUCACGAGAAGAGGACAAACAGCAGAGUCAGCUGGGCAAGACCCACAGCCGUUCUCCCGUCCCUCUAGUGCCUUCCUCAGCCCCCCAGGCCCCCUCCUCAGCCCCCACGGGCCAAACACUUGCUUCCUCGGGGCCCUCACAGGAUGCCUGGUUGUGUGGAGGGUUUUUUUUUUUUAAAUAUAUAUUUUGUACUUUGUGGAGAGAAUGUGUGUGUGACAGGGGCCCGGCUAGGACUGGGGGCAGACAACGGCCUGCGUCAGACAUUCCCAGGCUGGGGGCUGGCCCAUCCGGCCUCUCACCCCUUUAGACAACAUUUUCUACUCUGUCAGUAUUAACGAUUUUGUUCUGGUGCGUAUUUUUCUUCGAACCUUAAUUUAUUAUUAUUUUUUAUAUUUAUUGCUAGGAAAUGACUUAUUUCUGCUCUGAAAUAAAGUUGCAGACUGUUCAAACA